AUGACUCCUCCAGUUUUGUUGACUCUUGAAGACUAUCGAAAAUAUUCGGAAAGAAAUCUCGUGAAAUUAGCCAGAGACUAUUAUGAAAGCGGUGCAGAACAAGAAGAGACUUUGAGAAGAAAUGUCUCGGCAUUCGAUCGACUAUUGAUCCGUCCAAGAUGUCUUCGAUCCGUCGAAUCAAUCGAUACGUCUGUCGAGUGGCUUCAUGGAAAAAAAGUAGAUUUUCCAGUUGGAAUUGCUCCAACAGCAUUUCAAAAAAUGGCAACAAAGGAUGGAGAAUUGAGCACUGUCCGAGGAGCAGCUGCAAGUAAAUCCAUUAUGAUUUGUAGUUCUUGGUCUACAACAUCCAUUGAAGAUAUUGGGAAAGAGGCAAAAAUAGUCGGGGCAACUCUCUGGUUUCAGCUCUACGUCUACAAAGACAGAAAAGUGACGGAAAAACUGAUCCAUCGUGCUGAAGCUGCCGGAGUCGAAGCUCUAGUUUUGACUGUCGACACCCCAGUUCUUGGACGUCGUCUAAAGGACACUUACAAUAAAUUUUCUCUUCCUAAACAUCUGAAAUUCGCGAAUUUUGAGUCGAAUACUCAAGCCGAAAUGCCAAAAGGGCACACUGGAGAAUCUGGAUUCAUGCAAUAUGUUAGCUCGCAGAUUGACCCAUCUCUUGAUUGGAAAACUCUUGAAUGGAUUCGAACAAAAACUAUAUUGCCGGUAAUUGUGAAAGGGGUAAUGAGAGGAGAUGAUGCAUUGCUUGCUCUGGGAGCUGGAGUUGAUGGAAUUAUCGUUUCAAAUCAUGGAGGACGUCAAAUGGAUAGCUCUAUAGCUACAAUCGAAGCUCUACCGGGCGUGCUUCGAGCAGUUGACAAGCGAAUCCCUGUUUGGAUGGAUGGCGGUGUACGAAAUGGUCGAGACAUUUUCAAAGCUGUGGCUCUCGGAGCACGGGGUGUUUUCGUGGGCCGUCCCGUUCUCUGGGGACUCGCCACAUCGGGUUCGUCGGGUGUGGCCGCCGUCCUCGGAAUUCUCCAAUCUGAAUUCCGUCAUUCAAUGCAGCUCUCUGGUUUUCGAUCGAUUGCAGAACUCCAAAAGGAUGAUCAAGUUGUAGUACAUGCCUCAAAACUGUAG